UGGGGUCCGUCCCGCGGAUUCCCAGGGGUCUCCCACGCUGCUGUUCCCACAGAGCCCAUCAACACCUUCCAUGGGAUCCAGCACAACGAGGACGAGCCCAUCCGGGUCAGCUACCACCGCAACAUCCACUACAACUCCGUCGUCAACCCCAACAAAGCCACCAUCGGGGUGGGGCUGGGGCUGCCGUCCUUCAAACCCGGGCUGGCGGAACAGUCGCUGAUGAAGAGCGCCAUCAAGACGUCGGAGGAGUCGUGGAUCGAGCAGCAGAUGCUGGAGGACAAGAAACGCGCCACCGACUGGGAGGCCACCAACGAGGCCAUCGAGGAGCAGGUGGCCCGCGAGUCCUACCUGCAGUGGCUGCGUGACCAGGAGAAGCAGGCCCGGCAGGUCCGCCUGCUCCCAUCCCACACUGCUGUGGGUUCUGGGUCCCGCUUCGCACCCCUCGAUCCCGCAGCGCCCUCUCGUCCCACCCUCGCCCCAUUCCACCUCCACUCUCCCUAUCCCCCCCCCCCCAUUCUUUUGCCCAUACUUUAUGGAGCCCCGGGAUCCCCCGUCCUCCCACAUGGGGAGGAAUUCCCUGCUGCUCCCAUGUAAGACUGCAUGUAUACGGCGUCA